AUGGGCAAUGGUCUUUAUGGGCGAGCUGAACGACACACAAACAAUCGUCUUGAUGGGCGAGCUGGGCGACACGUGAACAAUCGCCUUGAUGGGCGAGCUAGGCGACACAUGAACAAAUGUGUUGAUGUAAGAGCUGAGCGACACAUGAGCAAUCGCCUUGAUGGGCGAGCUGAGGGACACAUGAACAAUCGCCUUGAUGGGCGAGCUGAACGACACAUGAACAAUCGUCUUGAUGGGCGAGCUGAACGACACAUGAACAAUCGUCUUGAUGGGCGAGCUGAGCGACACAUGAACAAGUGUCUUGAUGUAAGAGCUGAGAGACAUAUGAACAAUGGUCUUGAUGGGCGAGCUGAGCGACACAUGAACAAUGGUAUUGAUGAGCGUGCUGAACGAGACAUGAAGAAUCGUCUUGAUGGGCGAGCUGAGCGACACAUGCACAAACGUCUUGAUGUAAGGGCUGUGGGACACGUGCACAAAUGUCUUGAUGUAAGAGCUGAGCGACACAUGGACAAUGGACUUGAUGAGCGAGCUGAGCGACACAUGCACAAAUGUCUUGAUGUAAGAGCUGAGGGACACGUGCACAAAUGUCUUGAUGUAAGAGCUGAGGGACACAUGCACAAACGUCUUGAUGUAAGAGCUGAGGGACACAUGCACAAACGUCUUGAUGUAAGAGAUGAGGGACACAUAAACAAGUGUCUUGAUGAGCGAGCUGAGCGACACAUGCACAAACGUCUUGAUGUAAGGGCUGUGGGACACGUGCACAAAUGUCUUGAUGUAAGAGCUGAGCGACACAUGGACAAUGGACUUGAUGAGCGAGCUGAGCGACACAUGCACAAAUGUCUUGAUGUAAGAGCUGAGGGACACGUGCACAAACGUCUUGAUGUAAGAGCUGAGGGACACGUGCACAAAUGUCUUGAUGUAAGAGCUGAGGGACACAUGCACAAAUGUCUUGAUGUAAGAGCUGAGGGACACAUGCACAAACGUCUUGAUGUAAGAGCUGAGGGACACAUAAACAAGUGUCUUGAUGAGCGAGCUGAGCGACACAUGCACAAAUGUCUUGAUGUAAAAUCUGAGGGACACGUGCACAAAUGUCUUGAUGUAAGAGCUGAGGGACAUAUGAACAAUGGUCUUGAUGUAAGAGCUGAGCGACACAUGAACAAUGGUAUUGAUGAGCGAGCUGAACGACACAUGCACAAACGUCUUGAUGGGCGAGCUGAGGGAUACAUAGACAAGUGUCUUGAUGAGCGAGCUGAGCGACACAUGAACAGUCGUCUUGAUGUAAGAGCUGUGACAAAUCUUCUGGAAAAACAAACACUGCAGAUAUGUUUUGAAGGAAGGCGACAGCAGUGA